CACAGACAUGCGCGCACAUCUUUAACAGAAAAGGUCAGUUUCUACAAAACCGGGUUGCUUUGCUCAGGCAAACCCCGAUGGUUUUAUUUUGGCAUUUCAGGUACGUUCAUUAUGACUCGGAGUAAUAAGUUAUGUGAGCUAAAAUCCUAAAACAGGCUCAGUAUGAGGUUUGUAGUAUAUCACUGAGGAACAAUGAGAAAGAUAUGGUUAACAAGUAAUUCAAAACAUUGUUGUCACUAUAAUGCGGUUACACUUUUCUGCAAACCACCACCACCACUCGAGCAAGUGCGCGUUAUGGCGGUCAUUACCCUUGUAUUUUGCAUCACAGUCACAGAUGAAUCGUAUGCAGUCUUUUACGUUGCAUAAUGAAACUAGUACAAUGAAUGCUGAUCCCCUCGUCAUUACUUUGACGGCUGUGUAACUGGAAAGGUGGCACAGUGCUCUCUUUCAGUUGCACGCUUUAGGCGCAUUCUUAUUGUCUUAUUGUACCAUUUCAAGAAAGUUAACCUCCUUAAGCCUAGAGACAGCCAAUAAAUUACUCGCUGUCCCUGCUACUACCAGCAGGUGCUCAGUACAAUUGUCAGGUUUGUAUUUUUAUCCCAGGAGGCGAAUGGAGUACAGCACAGCUGUGCGGGUUGACUCACUGGCUUUGUAAUGUGGUAGUGAGUUGAUGCUUCUGCUGCUAACAGGUUUGCACUCUGGUGUGGCUAUGGAUCUCCUCAUCUCCACCAUCAUCAUCAUCAUUAUCUGCUAGAGCUGUACUGUCGACUGUUGCAGUAGCUGCACUUGCAGGAGAAGCUGAUGGGAACUCUUUCCGGGAAACGUUCUUCUCAGUUUUGGUUCUGUGAGCCGAGGUGAACUCAGUGAGAGGUGUGGGGAACGCAGAAGACGGACAGCCACAGCAGCUGCUUCUGGAGAAAGGCUGGCUGCUCUUAGCAGCCCGGCCAGCAGCUCCUGCUGACAGCACGUGAGGCGUGUGCACGGAACGGCACCACCGCCACCGAGAGUAGCUCAGGUCCCUGCAAGUCACUUCGGGGCUCAGAGGCUACUGCGUCUGUGCACCUGCCGAGAUGUUGCGCACCUCCGACAAAAUCUGAACACCCUUCUCUGGAGAGGAGAUCAAAAGGAAACAUGAAAGGGAUCCGUGUGAUCUCCAGUUGCUUUCUAAUGGACAUUCUGACUUUGAUGUGCUGGGCGCAGGGCAAAGCUGGGCAACACAUCGGGAGCAUUGUAGUUGUGUCCGGUGUUAAUCAUUCAAAAAAUGGGGAGAACGACGCAUCUGAACCACCACCAACGCCAGACAGUUGUAAGGGGUACUUUGAUGUGAUGGGGCAGUGGGACCCGCCAUUUAACUGCAGUUCUGGAAUGUUUUUGUACUGUUGUGGAACUUGUGGUUUUAGGUUUUGUUGCCAGUUCAGAGCGUCCAAGUUGGAUCAGGACACCUGCAGCAACUACGACACACCAGUCUGGGUAAACACCAAUAAACCUCCACCGGGUCCGGGACCAAGCAUUAUCGAUUCCACCAGGAAUAAAACAAAUUUAAUUGUUUACAUCAUUUGUGGAGUGGUGGCAGUGAUGGUCCUUGUUGGAAUUUUCACAAAACUGGGACUGGAAAAAGCCCACAGACCUCACAGGGAGCAUAUGUCUAGGGCCCUUGCUGAUGUAAUGCGUCAACAGGCUCCAAAUAUAACAGAACAGACAGAAAGAGAUGGAAAUGUUGUGCUCCCUAUACAACAUUAUGAGAAUAUACAGCCACGAACAACUACUGCAAACAACUUAUGUGAGGGUGUUGGGAGCAGAAACACAUACUGCAGCCUGGGAAGGGAGACUUUCACAGAACAGGAAGUCUUCAAAAGACACAUUCUCAGAACUGACCAGCGCAAGGACAACAAUCCUUCUUCCAUUGGACUUACUGUACCAGAGAUACCACAAGCCAAAGUCAUUUUCCCACCAUAUACACCACAGAUGAAUAACAUAGUUCAGACGUCACCAAUUCUCCCACAAAUGUCACAUCACCACUCUUACCCCAGCAUGGGGCAGCUUUCACAUCCAUAUGAACCACCCCAGCCUGCAGUCAAGGAACUUAAUAAGUAUGCAUCUCUCAAGGCAGUUGAUACACCACCAGUCCCUCUGAAACAAAUCCAGCCAUGGGCACAUUCAGUACAUCAACAAAGAGGCAUGUAUAUAUUAAUUUAUCUCAUUAAUGAUUCUGCUCUUUAA